UCUUAUAAUCUGACAGACACAGAAGGAGUGAAGUGUCAGAAGCUGUUCUUCUGAAGUUUAACAACUUUUCUGCAUCAGGAUCAAAACCAAAAUGAAAAUCCUCCAUGUUCUCUUCUUUGUUUUCUUGUCAGAUCCAGCUGUGCUCGUCAAGGCAAGGCUCAAUAUCUGGUCUGCAGCUGAAGGAGGAAAUGCUACACUUAACUGCCACUUACCUUUACCUGGAAGCACAAAGUUCUUCUGUAAGGGAAAAUGUGAGCGAGCAGAAGAUAUCCUCAUUAAAACAGAUGGAAGCACAGCUCAGAGUGGGAGAUACAGCAUGAAGUAUAAAGAUGGAUCUUCAGGAAAAGGAAUUGUGUCUGUGACCUUCACACACAUGAUCAAGUCUGACUCAGGAAUGUACAGGUGUGGUUUGGGAAAAUCUUCUGCUCCGGAUUCAUACUUUGACUUUGAGGUCAGAGUUUCAAAUGAUCUGGAUAAAAACUCUGGUUUUACUCGCACAGAAACUGAGGGAGAAGCAGUCACAUUGGGAUGUGCCUAUACUGUGUAUGGGCAGAGAAAGUUCUUUUGUAAGAAUGAGUGUAAGAAUGAAGGGGAGAUCCUCAUUGACACAAGCAAUGAUAAAUCUGUGAGUGGCAGAUACAGCAUUGAAUACACAGCAGGAUCUGCGUUUGGACUGUAUGUGACCAUCACACAGCUGACCAAGUCAGAUACAGGAGGGUACAGGUGUGGUUAUGGAAACCCUCUGUCUCCAGAUUCAUACUACAGUACCAGUCUUGUUGUCAUUGGUUCAAAUCCACAUACUUCGACACCACAAGCAACAACUAAAACAACACAAACACCAACAACAACAACAGCGCAGAGUCAGAGUUUCACUCCAAAGAUUUCUACGUCUUCAUCAGAUUGUCCUCACUCCUCCUUGGGUCUGGUUGUGUGUGUCUCUCUGAUUGGUGUUUUACUGAUGGCUGUUUUCAUCCUGCUCCUCUACAUUUAUAAGACAAGGAGGAACACUGCACUGAACAUCAGAGAAAAUGCAGGCAACAAAAACAUGGAGUUUUCUGGCACAUAUGAGAACUGGGGUCCACCCUCCCAACAUAAAGGCAGUAAGGACCAGGAUCACGUCUACUCUGCUUUGUAAAAAGCACAAGUCUGAAAAUGCUAAUGUUCUGAUGCUUUUUUUUCUCUUUGGGCAAGUUUAAGAUCUUAUAUAAUUUGUUUCACACACAUAUAAAUAUAUAUGAACUGAGCUUAUUUUUUCCAGUUACUUUCUUUCUAUGUAUUCUUGACUUCUUUCUUUAUCCAUAAAUCUGACUGAAUGAAACAUUCAUGUACCACAGUUAAAAAUAACGCAAAGUCUGUAAGUGUACUAAGAUUUUUAAUUACUGGAGAUCAGGAAAAGUCCAUUAUGUUUUCCAUUUUUAUUGACCUAUUUAGCAUUUCACAUAUAUUUAGCAUGGUAGCAAAAAAGCUUCAAUAUGCAAUCUUAGCUUUGUAACACUGAGAACAUGCUUAUUACGCUGCAUUAUAAACAUUUGAAGAAGAGAUCAGUAGAAAUGUGUUUUAUUGACAGAAACAGAAAACCAAAAGCUUUUUUCUAACAUGCAAUAAAAUGGUUCACAAGCUGGCCAAAAAAAGGAA